CCACGGCUGCCAGCUGGCCAUGGCCAGUGCCAGAGGCGUCUCAGUAGUGUGGCUGUGCUCCCUCACUGGGGAAGCCGAGGGCAGGGAAUGGCUGGGCUGCUGCAGCCCGGGGCUCCACUCCCUCUCACCCCUCUCCAUCUGCCUUCCAGGCCCGAACUCCUCUGGCGCGUGGUGAUCGGGGCCAACCGGCUGUCUCAGAUGGGCCCGGAGGUCCAGGUGCGCCACAUCCAGCGGCUCGUGAUGCACGAGCACUACAACAACAUCUCGCAGCUGAACGACAUUGCCUUGCUGGAGCUGGAUCACCCAGUCCAGUGCAGCUACUAUGUACAGCUGGCCUGUGUGCCCGACGCCUCACUGAGGGUGUCGGAGCUGAAAAACUGCUACGUCAGUGGUUGGGGCUCCACGAAUGCAAGAAGUUCCCGACAACCUGAUGUCCUGCAGGAGGCCCCCGUCCACCUCCUGGACACCCACCUCUGUAACAGCAGCCGGUGGUACGCAGGGGCCGUCCACAGCAACAACCUGUGUGCUGGCUAUGCCUACGGGCUCAUCGACACCUGCCAGGUAGGAGGGUGCCCCCAGCCUGGCCCCAGCAGCACAGGAGCCCUCUCACCGCUGCCACGCACACCCCGGCAGGGGCUCUGA